AUGAAUAUGGAGUAGGUAGUGGUGGGAAUGUCGUGUCUGCAGCCAAGUGACCUCAGAAGCCAGUCUGUCCGUAAGGCCGCUAUUAAUAACUACUCUUCUCUCUCCUCCUUCUCGGUUCUCAGUUCUCCCACUGAACCAGAGAGAGGGAGAGAGAGGAUGGCGCUACUUGGGCUUGGAGCGGGAUUUUCAUUCCCUACUCCUCCUCAGAAUCUCCCAACUGCCGCCAAAUGGGAGUCCCUGCUCUCAAAUUUGUCGAAUUCCAAGAUUUCUUUUUCGCACUUUUGCAUCGAACCAGCAGGUGAUAGAAUCCGUUUGGGAAGAAAGCCGAUAAGCGCUACAUCAAGCAUCAAGUCCUCUGCGAAAGCUUCUCAAUUGAACCAGGCUUCCGGGAUUGUGAAAGAAAAAAGUGUGUCUGUCAUUCUUUUGGCUGGAGGACAAGGCAAAAGGAUGGGCGCAAGCACUCCCAAGCAGUACCUCCCACUUGUUGGCCAACCAAUUGCAUUGUAUAGUUUCUACACUUUCUCACUUAUGAAUGAAGUAAAGGAAAUCAUUGUAGUUUGUGAUCCAUCCUACAAGGACAUCUUUGAAGACUCCAAAAUGAGGAUCCAUGUGGACCUUAAAUUUGCACUUCCUGGGAAGGAGAGGCAAGAUUCUGUAUACAAUGGACUUCAGGCAGUUGAUCUGAAUACGGAGCUUCUUUGCAUCCAUGAUUCUGCAAGACCCCUUGUAUCAUCUGGAGACGUUAAAAAGGUUCUUAAUGAUGGAUGGCUGAAUGGAGCUGCUGUCCUUGGUGUUCCUGUUAAAGCUACAAUCAAAGAGGCAAAUAGAGAAUCUUUUGUAGUGAAAACUUUGGACAGGAAAAUGCUUUGGGAAAUGCAGACUCCACAGGUUAUCAAGCAUGAGUUGCUUAGAAAAGGUUUUGAGCUUGUCAAUAGAGACGGGCUUGAAGUCACUGAUGAUGUGUCUAUUGUGGAGCACCUUAAACAUCCCGUGUACAUCACUGAAGGAUCUUACACCAACAUCAAGGUCACAACCCCUGAUGAUUUAUUACUUGCGGAGAGGAUACUGAGUAACAGAGCUGGAGAGUCUUCGGAGUGAAUUCCAUUUUCUUUUGGUCUAAAUAGUUGUAUUUCAUUAUUGUUCAAUUUUGCAGAUGAAUAUGUGAAUGGAUAAAAAGAAAGAAGACCAUUUUUAAUAUAGUCCCCUGCUCUUCUGUGAAUCUUAGAAUUGCAAUAUACCAUGUGCCUUUUAGCGAGCAGGAAAACUUCAAAAGUUAAUGGAGAAUUACAUUGUUUUGCCAGGGCUA